AUGGGUGGCACGGCGCUGUCGGGAGCGCUGUGGCUGGGGCUGCUGUGGGCCGGGAGCGGGGCCGGGGGCAGCUGCCAGGGAAAGUGCUGCCAGGGCCGGGAUGCCACCUGCGUCGGCGAGGGAUGGAGGGAGGGAGGUGACUACGGGACCUGCUACUGCGACGGAGGCUGCCGGCGAGCCGGGGACUGCUGCCACGACCACGGCCAGGCGUGCCCGGCUAUUCCCUGUGUUGUGGGGGAGUGGAGCCACUGGAGUGGCUGUGCAGAACAGUGUCAUCCCGGGCUGCGGGUCCGUAGGCGCUAUGUACAACAGGAGCCUAAAAACGGUGGGGAGCCGUGUCCAGCUCUGGAGGAGAAGGCUGGCUGCCUGGAAUACCUGACUUACCAGGGGGAGGACUGCGGCCAUGAACACGUCCCUGCUUUCAUAACUACCUCUGAAUACGGUAAAGAAAGAAAAAGACGAGCAGCAUCUUCCCUCCAGCCUUCAGACAAAGAAGCAGCAGGAUACUGCGUGGAGUUCAGGACGGAAUCUCUUUCCCCGCACUGUGCUUUGGAGACGCGUCCGUACGCGCGCUGGAUGCAGUACCUGCGCGAGGGACACACCGUGUGCGUCGCCUGCCAGCCGCCGGCCAUGAGCACGGCCACGCGGCGCUGCUCCGGAGACGGCCACAACGCACGCGGAGAUAAAAUCUUACACUGGGAAGCAAUUGGCAACUCUCAGUGCCAAGGAACCUGGAAGAAGAUCCGGCAGCUGGAACACUGUUCCUGUCCCCUGGUGCAUAGUUUUAUUUUUACAUAAAAGUUUAAAAGACCUUUAAAAUUGCAACAAAAAGACUAAGAAAAUUAACACCAAUGCCAAGAAACCUGUAUAUUUCUGCUGCAUUUUCUGGAGCCUUAAAAAAUUUUAAAUGAGUCAGGACUUUGGCAGAAUCAUUUCAGGAAAUUCUCUCUGCCUUAAUACAAAAUGCGAAGACUGAUCUCUGUAUUAGAACACUAGAAGCACAUUACCAUGUUUCUCAUUUGUAAUUAAAGAGCUAAUGUUUCUAACCACAGUAGUUGCUUUCCUUAAGUUCUCCAUCUUUACUGGCCCUAGCCCUGUCUCCAGGCACUGCUCCUACUCAGUAGUGCGCCAGCCAAAUAUUUUCAAG